UUAUUAACUGUUUUGUAUUUGUCUAUAUUUACACAACCCUUGAGUACAGACAUCGGGUCGCUUUUCUGGGUUCAUGAUUGAGUGCGGAGGCUCUUCCCACGGUAUGUCAUCGCAAUGUACAACGAAAUUUAUUUAAAAUUAAUGAUGUAUGACCAUUUAUCUGCAAAAAGUGUCACUAGCGAUCCGAAAACUGUAAAGUUGCCAAUUUUAGUUCUUGAGUUGGUAAACCGCGUUCGAACAAUAACGGCGUCAGAAUUACUUAGAAUAUCACUGAAACAAAGUAAGACACAUUAGAACUUUUGUCAAAUUGACCUGAUUUUUAACCGUUAUUACCCCCAUUACCAUGCUGUCGCGGAGCCGGCGAAGUCCCGAAAAAAUGUAUUUUUACAUCUUAUGCGCCAAAGAAAUUAACCAAGCUUUAACGCAAUGGUCGCCAACUCUGUCCUGAAGAUAUAAGUUGUAAUAUUUCCGUUGUACGAUAAGUGACCAUUUCAUGUUGUUCACUAUGCCACAAUGAAUGACGUGAGUGUCUUUUUUAAUUUGAGGUAUUAGCCUAUUUAUUUAUUCCAGUGCACACUGAAUGUACUUAUUGUAAUUGGUCAUAAUUAUAUAUGGAGAUACAUAAAUUGAAAAUCCAUGGGGUCUGCAUUGUCCCCUACAGGCAACUGAUCAAAGCACAGUUUACUGUUUGUCUCUGUCUCAUGUUGUUUUGGAGUUAUUAGAAGUUACGUCCUGUGUGCUAUGCAUGGUCACUCAGGGUGCCUUGCUGUAAGUGAAUAUGAAGAGCACAUGCCAAAUUCUGGAAACACAAGGGAUGUGCGGGAGUUCCCAUUAACUGUAAAUGCUAUACCAACAUCUCGUUACAGCUGAAAUAGACCAUUUUCGCAGCAUGAACCAGAAACCUUUCCAGCAGGGUGUCAGUGAGGUCAAAAAAGAGGAGCAGGAAUACCUGAUAUCUGAGGGUGGGGGAUCUUCGAGCGACACCCCCCACAAGGUGAAAUGGAGUGCCAAUGGAAGACGAAAGGUGCAGAGUUGCAGGAUGUGACUGAGGAGAAGCUGACUGGUUCUCUUCUGUUGAGAAGCACUGAUGGGAGUCAUAGUAGGAGAUGCAAGCUGAGUGUGAAACCUCCAAACCCAGGUAUGUCAGAGAGCCUGCAACGUGGGCAGCAGACUGUGAACAUGACCGGCUACAGACAUGGUCGUAAUCUGCGCAGCACACCGAAGAUACUCUACACUGAGGGAGAGGAGCUCAGAGAUGAUGAUUACCUCUAUUGUGAGGAUUGCCAGUCCUCCUUCACUGAGCAGUGUGAGGUCCAUGGUCCUCCUGUCUUCAUCUCUGACUCUUCUGCAGUCAUGGGGGUCCCCGGCAGGGCCCUCCUUACCCUACCCCCUGGUUUAGAGGUUCGGUCAUCCAGCAUCCCUGGGGCAGGCCAAGGGGUGUUUAACCAGGGGCAGACUGUACCCAGAGGAGUGCAUUACGGUCCCUAUGAAGGAGAAGUCACGGACAGAGAGCAGGCCAUUGACAGCGGCUACUCCUGGGUGGUUUACAAGGGCAAACAGUGUGAGACAUACAUUGAUGCCAGGAGAGAAUCACACUCCAACUGGAUGAGGUAUGUGAACUGUGCCCGUGAUGAGGAGGAGCAGAACCUGGUGGCCUUCCAGCACAAAGGGAACAUCUUAUAUCGCUGCUGCAAGCCCAUUGCCCCCAGGCAGGAGCUCCUGGUAUGGUACGGGGAAGAUUAUGCCAAGGACCAGGGCAUCACCUUUGACAACUGGUGGAGUAACAAGUGCUCUUCAGAAGCAAGGAGAGCGGUGGAAUCCUACCAAGGAUUCCCAUGUUCUCAGUGUCCCUUCUCCUUCACAGUGGAGGUUUACCUGCAGAGACACAUCAAAAGAUCUCACCCUGAGGAGUACGUCAGACAGCUGAGGGCUGGAUCUGUCAAUACAACCCAGAAUUUCUCACCUUCUGCUGGCCCCAGUGGGGCUCAGCCCAGUAGAACCACACUCGGUACCCUGGAAGAAGCAGGUUUAGACACUCCGACAGCUCAACAGGAAUUCCAGACCAAAAGGAUCGAUAUAAAGAGCAGUCGUGAAAUACACCAGCAGACUCACACAGGGCAGAGGCCCCACCAGUGCUCCCAGUGUGGGAAGACCUUCAUUCGACUAGGACACCUAAAAAUACACCAGCGGAUUCAUACAGGGGAAAGGCCCUACCACUGCUCCCAGUGUGGGAAGAGCUUCAGUCAGUCAGUAAACCUAAAGAGACACCAGCGGAUUCAUGCAGGAGAGCGACCCUACAAGUGCUCUCAGUGUGGGAAGACCUUUGGUCAUAUAGGACACCUAAAGAGACACCAGCGAAUUCACACAGGGGAGAGGCCCUACCAGUGCACCCAGUGUGAGAAGAGUUUCAGUCAGUUGGUUAACCUAAAGACACACCAACGGAUUCACACAGGGCAGAGGCCCUACCAGUGCUCUCAGUGUGGGAAGAGCUUCACUAAAUUAGGAACCCUAAAAAGACACCAACGGAUUCAUACGGGGGAAAAACCCUACCAGUGCUCCCAGUGUGGGAAGAGCUUCAGUGAGUCUGCAACCCUAAAGAAACAUCAACGGAUUCACACAGGGGAGCGACCCUACAAGUGUUCCCAGUGUGAGAAGAGCUUCAGUCAAUUAGUAAACCUAAAGACACACCAGCGCAUUCACACAGGGGAGAGACCCUACAAGUGCUCUCAGUGUGGGCACAGCUUCAGUGAAUUAGGAGGCCUAAAGACGCACCAGCGGAUUCACACAGGGGAGAGGCCUUACCAGUGCUCCCAGUGUGGGAAGAGUUUUAGUCAUUUAGGAGACCUAAAGAAACACCAGAGGAUUCACACAGAGGAAAAGCCCUACCAUUGCUCCCAGUGUGGGAAGAAAUUCAUGCAUUUAAGACCCCUAAAGACACACCAGUUGACUCACACAGGGGAGAGGCCUUACCUGUGUUCCCAGUGUGGGAAGAACUUCAGCCGACUAGAAAACCUAAAGACACACCAGCAGAUUCACACAGGGGAGAGGCCUUACCUGUGCUCCCAGUGUGGGAAGAGCUUCAGUCACUUAGCAAACCUAAAGACACACCAGCGCAUUCACACUGGGGAGAGGCCUUACCUGUGCUCCCAGUGUGGGAUGAGCUUCAGUCGAUUAGCAAAUCUAAAGAAACACCAGCGGAUUCACACAGGGGAGAGGCCCUUCCAGUGUUCCCAGUGUGGGAACUGCUUCAGUGUAUUAGGACACCUAAUGAGGCAUCAGCGGAUUCAUAUAGGGGAGAGUGGGGUCGCGCAGUAGUGCAGUGUGUUCACCUACACUGGAUUAGAAAUUGUUGAGAAAUCACAUUGAAUAUUAAUGAAAGUCAUUAGCUUUUUAACUGGGAUAUCUGUUAUGUUGGGGUCAACAGAUCCAGUCUGGGAAACCUUGAAAGCUGCCCCUGGCUGUAAUGAGUGAUUUUAACUAUGCUGGAAUUUUACAAUAGUGAAAUGGUAAAUAAUGCUUCAACUGCCUACUGUGUUAGAAUUACAGCUACAUGACAGCUCAUAUAAUAAUUUCUCAUCCACCUAUCCUCGGUAAGCAUAUUAUUUUACAUACAUUAAAUUAGCAAAGAAUUAUGUCUGAAUAUACUGAUAAUAAACCUGUAAAGUUUUGUUUUUUUCUGUAAACUUCAGAGGUGAUGUCUGCUUAAUGUAUAUGUAUUUUAAAUGAAGUAGUUCAAUAACAUGCUUAAACCAAAAUAUAACUUGAAAAGGAAUUAAA